CCCUACCCUCUUAUCGGUGUAACGAAUCCUCAUGCAUCGUGGUAACGUGAUCGUGAUUGUCUACGAAAAAGGCAAGUGGCCGGGAUUCGGCAUUCAAAUAGAGCGUGAUCGACUGUUCGUCUCUUAACUAUCAACCACCACCUCAUCUAUCCUGCCCUACCCUUCCACCUACCUAUACUGCUAGUGAUCACGUCCACGAGACAACCACAUUCUUUGCCAUGGCACCACGUUCCUUUCAACACCUUUCUAUCAUUUUCUGUUAUCUUUUGGCUACAAGUUCGGAGAGCGCUUUGGCUUCACCGUUACGCAUACGAGACGAUCCAAACACAACGAACGAUAUCGCCCUUAGCUCUCUCAUCUCCUCCUUCUAUAGCGCUCUUUCGUCUAUCUCUCCGGAACCUUCGGCGAGCAUAGAGGCCGUUGAUAUGAUCAGUUCGAUUCAGAGCGCAAGCGCUAUCGCCGUUACCCCUACUCCAGCACAAGCAAUCUCGGCAGCCGAAACUCAGUACUCGCAGACGACAUCGGACUCUCAGGAUGAUCCUCAGACGCCGUCACCAACUCCAAUUCCAACGUCAGACGCCCAAGCCGAGGACCCUACGAGUCUAUCGCUGACGGAAUCUCCUGUUCAGGAUUCGACGGAAGACGCUUUCUCCACUCCCAUUGCAUCGCCUAGUACCUCGAGCGAUUUGGAGGAAAGCUAUGCUGAGUCGUCUAGUCUGGCUGCAACGCAAGAUGUCGCGAGCAGCACUGAUGCACAGCCCAGCUCCUCAACGGUACCAACGCCUACCAGCCAAAGGAAAUUUGGACCAGGUCCAGUUAUUAUCGCGACACCUACCGAACAGCAAGUAGAUUUUGGAACUACUACGGCUCCUGCUGCUACUCCCGAUAUCUCGUCUCAAGUCCCCGUCGGUCCUUCGCACACAAAAACGCCACAGACACCUAAGCAAUAUCCUGUCCCUGUGGGACAGCUACUCCUCAUUGGCUCUGUGUUUUUCGGCUUUAUCGCUCUGACUCUCCUUAUCUAUUUCGUCGUCAACAGGCCAUCAGCCAAAAAAUGGUUAAAUGAAAUCCGAGGCAUCAAGGAAGGGAAAGGCGUCAGGUGGGACCUUGCCGACCGGGAUAGCUUGGCCGAGGAGAAAGAGGAGAACAGGCGCCAGUCUUCGUUCAGCUUUAGCGUCACACCACCAACGCCCGCGGUACCUCCUACAGCUCAGCUAGCUCCCACUGCGAAAUCGCCUUGGUUGACGCUUCCCUCGCAAACAAUUCCCCGUCCUGACACCGCACGAUCUUCAUUGGGGGUAGCUGAUAUCAAUGGCGGGCUUUCAGGCAGCCGGUGGUCGGCGUAUUCUUCAGCUUGCACGUCCUCUGCUCGCUCUUCUUGUUCCUCAGGGUCGUGGUACGGCGACGACGAGUCGGUGCCGGAGGUGAGGAAGAGUGUGCCUUUGCUAUCGCCGGAGGUGUUCUUUACGCUUCCGUCGGAGUACUCGGAGUCUGGGAAUUCGAGACGGUCAAGUGCACCUAUUGACUAUCGGUUCAGCAAGAUUGUUGGGAAAGAUGAAGGAGGAAGGCGGCGAUCGAACUCUGUAGGAGUUUUGGCGGGUUUAUCAUGAUAGCCGGUGUUCGUCUGUUUGUUUCGGAUAUCUUGUACUGUAUAUCAUAGUAUAACCUUAUUAGCAUUUCUUCAUUCCCACCAACAUUGCGUGUUAUAGCCGUUUAAACUGAACUAGUCCUCACGAUCAGCGUAGCUUGAAGAAACGACGAAAGCGCUAGGCAGUAGCCAUCAUUGACUCGUCAAGCUAAUGCACCCGGUCUCCUCGAAGUAUGCGCGACUCUCGGUCAGAACGAUGGACACUGACUUCCUACAAGCUGUGGGGAGCGGCGUUCUCCGACCCCGGACA